ACUGGAAUGCUAUAUCCAACCAUUGUAUUUGGCGUUGGUUUUGUGCUGAACUUCUUCCUCAUUGCAAAAGGGUCCUCAGCAUCAGUGCCUUUCACCACUAUGUUGGCUCUAUUUGCACUCUGGUGGUGUAUUUCUGUCCCCCUUGUUUUUUUCGGUUUUUAUUUCGGCUAUCGAAAACGUCCAUACGAACAGCCGGUGCGCACGAACCAGAUACCACGCGCAGUUCCGGAUCAAAAAUGGCAUCAUAACCUUUUUAUCUCAACCCUUUUUACUGGAAUGGUGCCUUUCGGAGCUGCUUUUAUUGAACUUUUCUAUAUAUUCACGGCAAUCUGGGAACGCCACUUUUACUACCUCUUCGGCUUCCUCUUCAUAGUCUUCAUCAUCAUCGUAAUUAGUGUCGCUGAGAUAGCUGUCAUUGUUGUAUACUUCCAACUUUGUCACGAGGAUUACCGCUGGUGGUGGCGAACUUUUAUCACUUCUGGAGGAUCGGCUCUCUAUGUCUUUGGCUACACAGUUUUUUUCUACUUGACUAAACUUGAGAUCACAGAAUUUGUGCCCUCCGUGAUAUACUUUGGGUAUAGCCUCUUAAUGGUGAUAACUUCUUGGAUUCUUACUGGGGCUAUUGGAGUUUAUGCCGCAUUGAUUUUCCUCCAGAAGAUAUACGCUGCCAUUAAAAUUGACUGA